UUACGAAUAGAUUCAAGUCCGCCCCAUCCUCUUCCCCCCCUCUAUCUCUCUCCCUCCUCCUGUGGCCUGUACGUGCUUUUAUUCUCUCUCUGAAGAGUCUCAGUCCCAACCUUCAAUUCUCAACAGAAUCGUCUAAAAGGACCUCACAAUUUAUCUUAUUGUCUGCUAUUCUUCGACAUUUUCUAAUCCUCUAUAAACAUUUCACUCUCUUAUUUUGACUUUAUAUAUACUCUGAAGCAAUACAAUGGACACAGGCUCACAGUACAGUCCUCGCACAGUCGAAGACAUCUUUAGGGAUUUCAAAUGUCGUCGAGCCGGCAUGAUCAAAGCUCUCACUAUAGAUGUUGAAGAAUUUUACCAGCAGUGUGAUCCUGAGAAGGAGAAUUUGUGCUUGUAUGGACUUCCCAAUGAGCAAUGGGAGGUCAAUUUACCUGCAGAAGAAGUGCCUCCAGAACUACCAGAGCCUGCAUUGGGCAUUAACUUUGCUAGAGAUGGGAUGCAAGAAAAGGAUUGGUUAUCUUUAGUUGCUGUCCACAGUGAUGCAUGGUUGCUUUCUGUUGCCUUCUAUUUUGGUGCUAGAUUUGGAUUUGAUAAAGCUGACAGGAAGCGGCUUUUUAGUAUGAUGAAUGAGCUCCCUACAAUAUUUGAAGUUGUGAGUGGCACUGCAAAGAAACAACAAAAGGAGAAAUCUGUAGUCUCAAAUCAUAGUAGCAACAAAUCUAAGUCAAACUCUAAACCGAAUCAGCGGGGAUCCGAAUCUCUGGGAAAAUACUCAAAAAUGCAGCCAAAAGAUGAAGAGGAGGGCUUGGACGAGGAAGAUGAGGAUGAGCACGGGGAGACCUUGUGUGGAGCAUGUGGAGACAACUAUGCAUCGGAUGAAUUCUGGAUUUGUUGUGACGUGUGUGAGAAGUGGUUCCAUGGCAAGUGUGUGAAGAUCACCCCAGCUAGGGCCGAGCACAUCAAGCAAUACAAGUGCCCAUCUUGCAGCAACAAAAGAGUUCGCCCCUGACACAAGUUGCAAUAUAUGGUUUUUCACCUUUUGUAAUUCUUGGUGGGACACUGCUAACUGCCUUGUCAGUCAGGUUCCUCCUUUUGUUUCUGGGUGCUAUAUUAAGCACAACUUGUGAAUGGCUACUUCUGGUUUAGGGGAUCUUACUUUUCAGUACAGCACUAUCUGUUUGUAGAAUGGUCAAUUCGUACCCUGUUUUGUUUGAACAAUUAGUCAUGAUGUCUUGUGAAUUAACACUAGGAAUUUUAAUCUCUGAUGGUUGUGGCUCCUGGCUGGCUUUGCUUUUUCCUCUUUUUCUUUCUUUUGAAUCUCCUAUGAUUCGAUAUUUUUACUACAAUAUGAUUUAUAUGUAGGUUUUAUUUAUUUUUAAUGUUUUUA